CGUCAGUCCAAGGAAGGUAAUGGUCGCGAGCGAUUGUUCAGAUGCCAAGUGCCGCUAACCAGGUGUUGAUCUGUUGGUCCCGUCGACACGACGUACAAUGUGCAUCGGAGUAAGCCGUAAUCUACACUACCUACGUGAGAAAAAAGCGUUGCAUACGGGGUGGGAAGUCAAGAAAAAAAUUUCAAGCAUCCUGUGUGGCCUGCCUGGGCACGCAAGGGGGGGUAACGCUAAGCACGGUACUUUUCCAUCCGGGGAAAAUGGGACAGUUUUCUGCAUGCGCGACAUCCGCAGACAAGAGACAAGACAGGGAGCGUCAGACAGAUCCAACAACAACCACAACGCACUUGUUCCCGUCAGCGUGACACGAGAUAUCGAGACAGGAUGCAUGCUACGAUCCUAUGUAUAUUCCCACGGAUGGAGCCUGGCGAUAUACAGCGGCGUCACAUAUCCUUCGGUUCCUUUGAUUUUUAAUGCUUUGAUUGCAAUGCUUUCGUUGGUUGAUUUUGAUCCCGCUCUUUUCUCAACCCCUAUCUCCUUCUCCUUUCCCUUCCCUCUUCUCAUCCCUGAAUCUGACGUGCUUUUCGUUUAUGGGAUGACUUUACACCUCGCAUAGAGCACCUAUCAAAUCGCUGCAAGUGCACCGCACACACUACACCAACAACCUGGAUGUUGGUAUUUUUUUUUUCUUUCUAUUUUCUCCGUCAUUCUAAAACAGUCGUUUGCGCUGGGUUACAAUGCGCGGGCGGAAGUGGGCGGGAAGUACGGUACCUAUGGGGACUUGCCCGCUUCAUCCCCCGCCGUCGACGAUGCACUAUUGGCUCGGGGGCGUAAGAUGAUACACAUUUUUCCUAUUUUACUCCCAUGCGAAGUAAGUCCUUUAGUAUACAGAUUAUGUACAGUGCGGUGCGGGAGCGGAACGUUUUCCUUCCUGCCCAAGAUUUCGUCCUACCUACUGUAUGUAAUCACGGUACACUAAUUACACGCUGAAAUGGCGGUUCCCUUGCUCUUCCCCUCUGGAUCCUCCUUGUGGGGUAUAUAUGCGAUGCUAUGCACGAUGAUCUGCACUCAUCACCAACAACAACGCGCGAAUAACCGCCGAACGAACAGCCAAUCGACGGGCUCGCUCAAUUGCGCCGGGAUACCUAGGACCCGGCGUUCUCUUGCUCCCGGUUACUGGAAAUGACUCAUAAUACCUACAUCCUGUAGUGACAUAUAAGUUUUAAUAAGAGCAGGUAGUACCUACAUGUCUUUUGUUAGCUGGUAGGUUUCAGCCAUCUUCAGCUCACCUCGCGAGAGAUUUCCCUCCCGAUGGAGAAUUUCCCACAUAUAUAGGCGCGCUAGUGGUGUUUUACCUGCCUGGAUUAGAUGGGCGAACUGCACGCCACAAUACGUGACGUGACGUAAGAAGCGUUCGUCAGUUGUUUGGGUCGAGAGCGAGAUGAUCUACAUACGCUACUACUAAGUAUCUAUCCACAUGCCUAUCAAUAGAUUCCCGUCUUUCGUUGAAUAAUAGCACACUAAUACUAUGUAAGGGCGUAUGCGGGCGUCACGGCUCCGCGGCUCCGGCGGGUUUUGUGUUAGUGUACCUACCAUUUACUUACUUGUACUAUGUACUGUAGAUAGCUUAGCGCUUGCGCGAAGUACGGGCGGAACAGAAGCACGCUUGUUCCGCGCCAACGCACAGGGGGUUAAAAGGGUCUUUCGGGAGUCAAUGUAGGUAUCGUAGGUAUAGGUAGGUACUUAGCACGUAAACAGGCCCAUGGGAACGGUUGUUGAGGUAAUCAGAAAUCAAGCAUGAAUCAUAACAAGUACCUACAUAUUCAGCGCAUGCUAGAUAGCUGUGUACCGUUAGACAUGUAAGAAUUGGAUCUGUGGACAGCCAACAAAAUAUUUUGAAUCCAACCAAGGCCUUCAGUACCCAAGCACUACGGUAUCCAUACCUACAUAUGUAUGUAUGUACUGUAGGUAUGUAAAUAAGGAAGUAGUAUAGUAGUAUAAAGUAGGCAAGCCAACAAACCCCGCAGGCCCCGUGCGUAAAUGGCACCAUUGAAU